AUGGCAAAAACCAACCGUGGUGAGCUUAAGAGUACCAAUGACAGUGAGCUUCCUUGGAUGGCGAAAGGUAGCAAAAGUUCAACAUGGCGUGACGAGAAAGUAAUUGUACGAGUUGCAGACUCAGAUGUUGAGAACAAAGACAAGAGUUCAUCAGGCACAAUAGCAAAUGAGUCAGAGCCUGGAAAGUUUCUACGCCAGCAUGUGGCAGAAAGAGUAAGGCGUGUUCCAAUGAAGAAGCGGGGAAUGAUGGUUGCCUCCCCGUCACCAAGAGAGUCAUGUGGUCGACGUGGAAUCGCAGAACAUGGGCCGGAGAUCAACCAUGUUUGGAAGUUAAACCCAAAGAAUGACAGCAGUGGUCCUGAAUUUUCUGGUAUUGCGUUACUUGCGGAUGCUGCGUGUAAUUUGAGCAAUGAUCUUGCACCAGCUGUUGACCGUCUGCCUGCUGAAGAACCUGUUGUUCAGCAGCAAGAUGGCUCGACCAUAUUGCCCCAUGCGGUUGGUUCCACAGAUCAGGUGGGGCAAGGCAAAAAGGAUAAUGCAGCUCCUGAAAAAUCUUCGUUUGAUUUGGCUGAUGAGAAGGGCAUAGCGAGCGUAGGAGGGAUGAUAAUAGCUACUAAGGGAGCAAGUGAAAGUGAAAAUUUAGCACCUGAUAGUGGAGUUGUCAUAAAGUCAGAUAAAUCAUCAGUCAGUGAACCCACUGAGAAAAAGAAUUUAAGGUUACACUGGGACUUAAAUGUUUCUAUGGAUGCUUGGGGUCCACCUUGUGAUGUAGAAGAUGAUGCCUCUGAAAAAGAUGUGAAGGGAGCAAUCACAAAUCCAAUGCCUCCUAGAGAGAGCGAACCUAUUGAUGGGUUUGUUGUAUCAGCUGGGCAAGAAAAGUUUUCAUCAGCAUGUGGUCCUAAGGCUGAAGCAGCUGCUAGAAAUGGAAAUAAGUUCAAAUCUGGUUAUAAUUCCCCGCUUGAGGAUGGAGAAUUAAGGGAGCCAUACCGUAGGGGAAAAAAUAAGGUUGAAGAUGAAGGAUUCUUCUCUAUGGCUGAAAAUAAUGACAACAAGAUGAAUGAUUCUGGUAAGAGAAUCUUGGCAGAGACUAAGUUGGGACCAUUAGAGCGUAAAUCUCAUGAUGCAUUGAGAAUUGGAGAGGCUCAUGACAGAAGGGACGUAGAGAAGAAUGAUGUGGCUCACAUGAAUGAUUUGCAUCUUAAGAAGCGGUCUUCUUCUUCUUCAAGGAGGUUUGUGUCGAAACCAUCUAAGGAGUUGCCUUCGCAUGAUGCCAUCCCAAGGACAAAGAGUUCUGGUAGAGGAUACUUUAGUGGUUCGGGUUCCAGACCUCCCUAUGUUCUCAAGCCUCCACACCCUGAAAAUCUAGGUAUGAUGGGCGGCUUUGAUCAUUCAGGAUCAGGGUCCGGACAAGGAUCACAACCCGAUGGUUAUGUACGUAAGCGUUUCUCAAAUGGGGGAUACCGCGGUGGUCGGUUUAGAAGGUCUUCAAAUGGUGGGGAUCGUGUAUUGAGAGGCAGGCACGGUGAUAACAACCAGUUUUAUGGUCGGAUGCACAACUGGAUGAGUGGUAAUAGGAGAGGAAGAGGUAACUCUCCGGUCUUUAGGAGAUCUAGAAGUCGUUCUCCAGUCCCGUGGAACGGUGGAGAUAGAUUAUCUCAUCCUCAUGAUGAGUUUAGAGCCGAGGAGAGGAUGAUGGAGAGCAUGAGGUUUUCUUUCCAGGAACGGUUUUUUGAAGAUCAAGAAAUAGGUUUCAUGUCACCUCCUAGAAACAGAAUGCCGCCGACGAGAUUCGAUGAAAGGAGGAGCCAUGAUUCUGGAACGAAUCACGCCAAAGAAGAUGAUGUGGAAGAUAGCGCUGGCGGAAACAAUUUUGAGAUGAUGCAGGAGCAAACUAGGCGGGCUGACGUCACGGAAGAUGGCGGUGAUGAUGUCGCCGGUUCAGGUUUCGCAAGAGAUUCGUGGGUGUAA